AUGGCGAGCAAUGGGAAUGUCGUCUGGGAGCGCUUCGAAGAGCAGACCAAACUCGCGUUCGUGGGGGACCCACUGCGCUCGCGUUUCUUCUUCAAGACGCGCGUGGCAGCUGCGGGACACGUCAAACUGACGGCGCGCGUGUCGCAUCAGUACACAACCGCUACGUCGUCGUCGAGUGCUGCGGGACGCAAUGAGGCGGUCAAGUACGUCACGUCGGACAUGGCCAACUUGUCCCGCCUGACGCGGCUGCUUCGCUUCGUCAUGCAAGAGGUGCUGGGGACAAUGACGACACUGCCAGUGAGACCAAUGACAGGACCGGUCUCUCCCUCGUCGACGCUUGCGGAUACACUGGCGCCUGCGGGUCAAGCGAGCAAGACGACGAAGACGAAGCAAAAGAAGAAGAAGAAGAAGAAAGCAGCCAAGCAGUAG